CAAGCAUCAGCAAACAACAAACAAACCCUCCAUUACCUUAAACCUUGCAGCUCUUCACUAUGAGUCUCCUCCAUAACGCAAUCAGAUCAUCAUCAUCCACCUGUUUGAUCCGAACCGUUCAUCCAAAUCAAGGGCUCAGAUCACUUCUCUCCGGCUCGCUAUCUCACCGUCUAUUCUCCACGGAACCUGCACCGCCCACUAGCCAGUCCUCCACUAAACCUCUGUUUCAAUCACCAUCUUCUGGUUUGGUCUACGGGAAACUGUCUGGCAUUACAAAGACUACGUUGAAGAGUGAUGUUCUCAGUUUGUUAGAAGAAUGCAAAUUAAGCGUUGAUGAUCUCAAAGUUGAUUACAAUCCAUCGUACACACCAAUGGGAAUGAUGGUUCAGUUCCCUUCACGGAGUGCGUAUGAUGCUGCUCUUAGGGCAGUCGCUAGGAAAGGCCGCUUGUAUAGAUUAGAGCGGGCUGAUCGUGCAAUCUGGGAUUCUAUCCAGCCAUAUGGUGGAAAAUACGUUUUAUUGCAAGGAAUCCCCCCAAAUGCGAUUUUAGAAGAUAUUGAACGGUUUCUUGCUGGUUGCGAGUAUGAUCCUUCUGACAUCCGUCUUUUCUCCAGGCCGGGAGCUUCAAGAAUGGCGCUUGUACGUUUUGUUUCGGCAACCGCAGCAAUGAGUGCGACGAUAACAAAAAACAGAGGCUUUUGUUUAAAUAACCAGAUCUCCAUGCAUGUUCUCCAGUAACACUGCAAGCUAUGGUAGGUUGGUUUUACAAAUAAUCAUGGUUAGACUAAGUAAGUAACUCGAGUUGCAUGUCAGCAAAUCUGUAAUUCACUAGUUCAACAUUUAUGCUUAUCUUUUUAAGUACUCCAUGUUUUUUGAAAUUCUUUGACUUAUAAUUAUAUAUCUAAAAGUUCUUAUUGAUCAAAA